AUUAUUUUGUAUUACUUAAUUUUUAUUUUGUAGUUAAUUUUUGUUUUACAUUGCUUAGAUUUAAAUAAAAAUGAAUAAAUACCCACGUAGAGAGAAAAAAGGCUAGUGUCUAAAGUUUGAACAAAAAAGUAAUAAUUUUGAUGUUCCGUCCGACUCGACGCCAUUUUGCAAAGUCGUAUUUUUGCUUGAGCUUGAGUAAACCGUGAAGUGUUGAUUAACUUCUUAAAUUAUAGUUAAACACUAAAAUAUGGGCGAAGAUAAAGAUCGCCGACGCAGGUCGCGUUCAAGGGAAAGGCGGCGUUCUAGGUCCCGUUCUAGAGAACGUCGUGAGAAACCAGCGAGGAGAAGUAGAUCUAGGUCUCAAAGCAAAAGAUCUCGCAGGCGCAAGCCUUCUCUGUAUUGGGAUGUCCCGCCACCAGGGUUUGAGCACAUCACUCCGCUACAGUAUAAAGCCAUGCAAGCUGCCGGACAAAUACCAGCCAAUAUUGUCGCUGAUACACCUCAAGCUGCUGUGCCGGUCGUUGGUUCUACGAUCACACGUCAAGCACGAAGAUUGUACGUCGGCAAUAUACCGUUCGGCGUCACAGAAGAAGAGACUAUGGAGUUCUUCAACCAACAGAUGCAUCUUUCGGGCUUAGCGCAGGCUGCCGGCAACCCCGUGUUAGCGUGUCAAAUUAAUUUGGACAAAAACUUUGCAUUCCUUGAAUUUAGAUCUAUAGAUGAGACUACACAGGCUAUGGCUUUUGAUGGCAUCAACUUCAAAGGGCAGAGCUUGAAGAUUAGACGGCCUCAUGAUUACCAACCUAUGCCAGGCACUGAGAAUCCUGCCAUAAAUGUGCCAGCCGGUGUAAUUAGUACAGUAGUUCCAGAUUCUCCUCACAAAAUAUUUAUUGGCGGUUUGCCCAAUUAUCUAAAUGAGGACCAAGAGGUAGAAUUAGGUGCCGCAGCCAUUUCAGGGCGAGAUUCAACAGUUGACAGGGCUACGGUGGAGCCAGCAGUGAGCCGCGUUAUAUUUUGGUCAGUUUCAGGUAUUUUCACAGGUACCCUAGCGGGGACGAGCGUAAAAGAAUUGCUGAUGUCAUUUGGACAACUUCGAGCUUUCAAUUUGGUGAAGGAUUCAUCUACUGGACUAAGCAAAGGCUAUGCAUUUGCUGAAUAUGUUGAUAUAUCUAUGACUGAUCAGGCUAUAGCAGGUCUUAAUGGAAUGCAGCUGGGUGACAAGAAACUCAUUGUUCAACGAGCAAGUAUUGGAGCUAAGAAUUCGACAUUAGCUAUGACGGGAGCUGCUCCAGUACAGUUACAAGUGGCUGGGCUCACACUGGCCGGUGCCGGGCCACCCACAGAAGUAUUGUGUCUCCUCAACAUGGUCACACCUGACGAAUUACGCGAUGAAGAAGAGUAUGAAGACAUUCUUGAAGACAUCAAGGAAGAAUGCAACAAAUAUGGCUGUGUACGCAGUAUAGAAAUUCCAAGACCAAUAGAGGGAGUUGAAGUACCUGGAUGUGGAAAAGUAUUUGUCGAGUUUAAUAGUAUUGCUGAUUGUCAAAAAGCACAGCAAACCUUGACUGGUCGCAAAUUCAGUAACCGCGUUGUGGUUACUUCUUACUUUGAUCCAGACAAAUAUCAUCGCAGAGAAUUCUAAUUUUUAAGACUCCUUCUUACAUAAUUAUAUUUUAAAGUAAUUCCCUUUGUCUAAUACAAUCUCAAAAAUGACAUGUUCAUUUAAAUGAUGAAUUUCAUAUUUAUACCCCAUCAGCUCGAUUGUAUAAUUAAAGCUAAAAUAAAUUAUAACAAUGUCUAAAA